AUGUCUGAACACCAUCCACCGCUCACCUACGAGCCCUCCGCCUCGACACAUCCAAUCCGUUCCUCCAGUCUUCCUCCUGAAGUGUCUCAAUGUCUCAAGAAUGCACGCUUCCUGCAUCUGGGCACCAUUUCCUCCGCUCCCGACUCAUCUCAGCCUACACCGCACGUGAGUCUAAUGAACUACACGUUUCUGCCAAACUACCUGGAGCACGGGCCGGUGAUAAUAAUGACCACCUCUGCGCAAUCCAUCAAAACUCGAAACCUCACCUCAAAUCCGAAGGUCUCCCUGCUCGUCCACGACUGGGUCAGUCAUCGUCCUCCCACCGCGACAUCAGUAUCUGGCGAGCGCUCGGGCAGUCCCCCAGCUGCCGCAACUCGGUCCAGUCUGGCCAGCUUACUGCUGAACCUGAAUACCUCGGCGCUGAGCUCCAUAUCCACCACCAUAACUGGUGAAGCACGAUUUCUCGAGCAAGGAAGUGAUGAAGAGAAGUGGUGUAAAGAGACUCAUUUAGCAAACAAUACCUUUGGAGAUCAGGCAAAGGAGGAGAUCGGUCUAUUCGGCGUACAGCACCACGCACCAAAUCCAGAUGAUGCCGGAAGCUGUUACAUUGGCGCUGAGGAUGUGAGAGUGGUCAUUGUCCCGAUCCGAGAAGGACGAAUAGCAGAUUGGAAGGGUGGUGUCAAGGAUUGGAUUUUAUUUAAUGAAGAUGUGCAGGCACCGGAAGACAGCUCAAGAGGUCGAAGUAAUGGACAGCCACUGGUAAAUGGGAUAUAG